AUGUCCUCCAUCCCUUUGCUCCUACUCUUCCUCCUCACUCUCUCCAUCCCUCCGUUCGUUCCCCUCCGUCAAAUCCGCCUUGACGCCUUCCUCAUGCCUCUCUCACUGCCCUUCAUCCCAUCCUCGACAUUUGAUACCCUCCCCGACUCUAGACCAUGGGACAUAUCCAGAGCUAUAGUAAGACUGAUCAUUGCUUAUUCGCUCUUUGCUGGAUUUGGCUCUGUACUUAGAACACUAAAGAGGAUAGGAGGCUGGAAGAUUCCUGAAUCAUCCACGAACCAGCUUGUGAGAAUAGGAUUAUUAUGGCUGUUAGCCUGGAGAGGCGCUACGUUGCCUUUUGUCCCUGAUGAGAAAGCUUGGAAGAGACCUUUGGACGUUGCGACGAUAGUUGGAGUAGGGAGUGGGGGAAUUUGUGCGGUGGAUGAAAUUAGGGAGAUUGCGAGGUUGAUAGGGAUUAAGAGCUCAAAUCAGUAUCCCAAGUCAGGUAUAAUAUCACGAAUCAUUCAAAUCAUCUUAUCAAUACAUCGGAUACUCUUAUCUCUGAGAAUUAUCAGUGCGGCCUUCACACCUGUCAAACAGAUACCAAUAGAUUUGUCUACUGCCAGUCAAGGGAUAGUAGGGGAAUAA